GGGGAGGGAUUGUGAUCAGGUAAGCUGAAGCGUUUGUGGAAGAGGAAGCAGACAUGGCCGUGGUUACAGGAACCUUGAAGAUGGAGAUUGUUGAUGGCGCAUAUCUUACGCCGUGCAACAAGGAUGGUACUGCGGACUCCUACUGUCGUGUUCAGAUUGGUCCUCCUUCGGGGCCAAUCCGCGAAGAGGGGUCCCCUCUAUAUAGUCUUAGGAGUAGUGGUAGGAAGGUAGUGAGAAAAAAAAAAAAAAAANAGAGAGAGAGAGAGAGAGAGAGAGAGAGAGAGAGAGAGAGAGAGAGAGAGAGAGAGAGAGAGAGAGAGAGAGAGAGAGAGAGAGAGAGAGUGGCGAAUAUGUUGGCUGAGAAAGGGCUAGUGUCGUGGUAAGUUUGCAGGUUAGGGAUGGCUGUGAUAAGGAGUUGGCACUGCAUAUUUGGUUUGCAUGGUGGCAAUGUAGAGUCAAACCAUCUAGUAGAGGUGGUUUCCAGUUUUAGGGAUGCAGAUUUCGGAGGACGCGCUGGGGUUGGGGGAGAUUUUAUGAGUUGAAGGAGGCGGGAAACCGUAAGGAUUAAGGUUGGUAUGAGUUCAUGUGAUGGAUGAUUUUUUUUUGUGGUAGGGAUUUUGUCAUAACAUAGAAGUGAAUGUGGCUUCAUAUUUUGAGUUGUACUAGUGCACAUCCUACAUGCUGUGAUUGUUUCCAAGGCCCUUUGCUGUACAGUCUAUUUAUAAUGCUGUAGGAGGAUUCAGUUCGAUGAAAUAAGGAUUGCACACUCAAGUGUGCCUAUAGGUAUAUGCAACUAUCUCGUUUGACGACUUGAAGCGCUAGAGUCCUGAGGAAACGAAUGGGCAGGAGCAUUGGUAGUCCAGAUACACAACCCCUUUAGAUCAACCUUCUUAAGACCACCCACCGAUGAACCCCACCUACUCACCCAUCUACUGACCUGCCUACCCACCUAUGCGCCUACCUAUUCACCUCCCUAUUCACCUCCCUAUGUGCCUACCUAUUGACCUCCCUAUUCACCCUGCCUUUCCUCCUUCCAACCCACCUACCUAUCUAUUUACCUUAGAUGAUCACGAUGAUGAUGAGGACCUGUAAGUUUUGAGAUGUACGGGGUUUUCGUCUUCUUCUUUUAUUUUUAUUUUUUUUAUUUUUUUAUUUUUUUUAAACGCCCUUCGAGUGCUAGAGGUGCUGGUACGGGGUUUUCGUCUUAACUUAGGCAGAUUUGUGAUUUACACAACCUCCGUGUUGAAGGCAAGUUAUGGGUGUGACGAGCAGGGAUGCGUUUUGUUGUCUUCAGGAAAGGAAAGAUGGGAAAGUUGGUACCACCUCUUCAUGAGGCUUUAAUGAGAUGUACGGGUUUUUCCUAUAGCAUAGGGUAGUAGAUUUAUGAUUUAUACAAACUCGGUGUUGAAGCCAGGUUAUGGGUGCAACCAGCCGGGAUGUGUUUGUUGUCUUCAGGAAAGGAAAGAUAGGAAGAAGGUAAUUGAUUGCCACCUCUUCAUGAGGCUUUCUUGCAAUCGGGAAUGAGACCAUCGUGGUCAUCUUCCGUUGCCAUGGGUCAUCUGAGUGAAUGGGUGAUGGGUGUUGAGCAGUGUUGCUCUUUCUAGUUUGACCUCCCUUUUCUGAAUUUCAUUGCAUUGGCUCUGUAUUACUUUCUGGUGGGGGGAAAGUGAUAGAAGGGGUGGAAAUUUCAAUGUUAGCUUAAACUAUAAGGGUACGACUAACGACUGGGCUAGAUAAGUAUGCGGAUGUUUGGGGUGGGGUGGGGGGCGGAGGCGGGGCGGGGAUUAUGCGCCUUCCAUUUUGUGGCCAUUGGGUUUUCACAGGCACGGACAAGGACGGAGAAGGGCUCACUAUCACCAAAAUGGCUUAAGGAUGUCACCUUUCCGGUGAUGAAGGAAGAAAAUGACAUGGAUGUCCUGAAUGUGAGUGUUUUCAACGAUGACGGUAAGAACGCGGAUGGAACACUGAUAGGCUUCUGCACCAUCACUCUGACGAAUGUGAUCUUAGCGGGAACGACACUGGAGAGAUACAAGUUGACGGGUCCCGAUGGGAUGCCAGCUGGGGAGGUAUGUCUUAUUAUGAGGUAUGUACCACGUGUGGUUGACCUCCCCCCAGAGACUGAUGCUUAUGGCCAGGUGAGAGGGGAUGAUGGAAUGCUUGGUGCUGGCGACCCUGGGAAGCUGGGUUACUACGGAGGAAAGUUUGGGGAAGAUCUCGUCGGAGCCGCCGAGGGUUACUUGACAGGAAAGGCAGAUUCCAUUGGGAAGGUGGUGAGCGAUGAGGUAGGAGUGGCAGGUAGUUUGGACAGUAAGGCCGGUAGCAAGGGCAAUAGUCGAAGCCGCUUCUUCUCAAUUCUGGGAGCAAUCGUAGCAGUCGUGAUGACUGCUAUGGCAGUAGGGAAGGGACAAAGACAGGCCAGAUACUAUGAAGUUCAAGAAGGUGAUACACUCUGUGCCAUCGCUGGUUGCUAUAAUAUGACCCCUGAUCUUUUAUACGAGGCGAACUUAGAAGUCACUGAUGACCCGGAUCGAAUUUAUCCAGGUGACCGCAUUUUUAUUCCUUGAAUCUUGCCCUGACUGAUGCAGGCC